CGCGGCCUGGGCAUUUGCAUGGGCUGAAGCAAAGCGGCUUGCUCAGGGACAGUCUGUUUUUAUUUUUAGCCGGCCGCUCAGCUCGCCUUGCAGCGGGGCGGGGCGGGGACAAGGCUGGCUCCCCGCGGGGCGGCAGGACGGGGACACCAGCAGCGAGGUUGCUGCCGGCGAGCAGCAGCCAGCUGGGGCUGCGAGGUGCUCCGAGGCAGGGAGCCGCGGCCUCUCGCUGGAGGAUCUGCCCGCGGCUGGGUCACUCGGCUCUUCCGUGCGAGCCUCCUGCGGCGGAGGCACCGGCAAGGCUUUGCAAAUGGCCAGUCCUCGGCGAGAGCUGGAAGAGGUCGCGCCGCUGCCGCAGCAGCAAGCUGCCCGCCCUGAGCCAGCCUUCGGCGAGGCGCGGCGCUGGAUCGAGCAAGUCACAGGCAGAAGUUUUGGUGACAAAGAUUUUCGUUCUGGAUUAGAAAAUGGUAUUCUGCUUUGUGAGUUACUGAAUGCAAUAAAGCCUGGACUGGUAAAAAAGAUCAAUAGACUGUCGACCCCUAUUGCAGGGUUGGACAACACCAUCUUAUUCUUAAGAGGCUGCAAAGAGCUGGGGCUUAAAGAAUCUCAACUUUUUGACCCGGGUGACCUUCAGGACACAUCAAACAGAACAACAAUCAAGAACAUUGACAACAGUAGGAAGCUGAAAAAUGUACUAGUUACCAUUUAUUGGCUGGGGAAAGCAGCAAACAGAUGCACUUCAUACAGUGGAGCAACGCUGAACCUGAAGGAGUUUGAAGGAUUGCUGGCACAGAUGAGAAAGGAAACCGAAGACAUUGAGAGCCCCAAACGCAACAUUCGUGACAGUGGUUAUAUUGAUUGUUGGGACUCUGAACGCAGCGAUUCCCUUUCCCCCCCUCGCCACGGCAGAGAUGAUUCCUUUGACAGUCUGGAUUCAUUUGGUUCCCGCUCACAGCAGACACCGUCUCCAGAUGUAGUGCUCAGAGGAAGCAGCGAUGGGAGAGGCAGUGACUCUGAGUCUGACUUGCCACACCGAAAGAUGCCAGACGUGAAAAAAGAUGAUAUGUCUGCAAGGCGGACGUCGUAUGGCGAACCUAAAUCAGUUGUGCCUUUUAACCAGUAUCUCCCGAAUAAGAGUAACCAGACUGCCUAUAUACCAGCUCCUCUUCGGAAAAAGAAAGCUGAACGAGAGGAGUACCGGAAGAGCUGGAGUACUGCUACUUCACCACUUGGAGGAGAGAAGCCUUUCCGCAAAAACCACCCUGAAACCAUAGAAGAAGAACAAAGUGAGGCACCAAGACGACAUGAAGAGGAGCAGGUGGGAUGCAUGGCUUCCAGGACAAACCCCAGUAAAAGUCAAGUAGAUUUGAAUCAAAAUAAAGGAGAGACCAUAGGUCAGUUUCCUUCAGGUAGUGCCAAAGAAACUUCAGUGCACAAGUGUAAAGAGAAAGAUGCAGAGGAGAUCAGAAAGUUAAGAAGGCUUGAACAAGCUGGUAUUAAGGUCAUGCCAGCAGCACAACGCUAUGGCAGUCAAAAGCAAAUAUGUGAAGAUAGUGAACCUACCCCAGACGUCAUCCUUCACAAGGAGAAACCCUCUAUGAUGCAUUAUCAAGGGAAGGAUUCUGGAUCAGAAGAUGAAGCCGUGUGCAGAGUUCCUGAUCUAGAAAAGGAUGACUUUGCAGCCCGGAGAGCAAGACUGAAUCAGCCCAAACUUACAGUGUCAUUUAACCAGUUUUUAGUUGGGCCCUGUACAAAUAAAGAUAAAGGUAAACUGGAAGGUGUUAAAAAGCCAUCACAGAAGGAAAAACAGGAAUAUGCCAGAGCAAACCAGGUACAUAUGGCAUCAGCGAGGCAAAUUGUUACACAUAAAGAAAACCCAUUCCUGCAGUCUCAGGAUCCCGAGUCGGAGAAGGAAGAGCAGGUGAAAGUGCCUGAUAUUCAAAGAGAUGACCUAGCUAAACGAAAGAUUCAAAGUAACCUUACCCAGCAACAAGAGUCUCCAGUGUUUGUGAAAGCUUCUAUAACACAAGCAGAUUUGGAGACGUGGGACAGACUGAAAGUGUCUGAGGAGCUCAGUGAAGUAGCAGGGUCAGGUACAGAUGAAUAUUGCCAAGGAAUCCAGUUGGCUGCCUGUAUUGUCUCUCAGAACCAAACUCCACGCAGAGUGAGUGAAUGGCAUGAAAGCAGGGAGGAAGAGCUUGAUGGGAGUUCACCAAACAGUUGGAGAGAUGAUAUGAUGACUAGAAGGAUGGGAACCUUUCAGAGGCAGACUAGCCCGGUUUGUAUGCCAUAUUCUCCCAUGUCAGUUGCCCAUCAUCCACUGCAGCAACAGAAAGAAGUAAUUCAUAAGAGAGACUUGAAGACUCCACAGAAAGCAGAAAGCAGUUUGCCCUUGAACUGCACAAUGGAACAACAUCAUGGAACAGUUUCACCUGCCUCCGUGGGCUGCAAUGUGACAAGGGAUGAGAGCCAUGAGAAACUGAAAGAUCAUGACCAAAGUAGGGGUGGGACAAAACACCAAGUGAGAAUUCCAGAUCCAAGAAGAGAUGACAUGAUGGCAAGAAGAACUGGAGCUUUUCUAAAGCAGCCUGGACCAAGUGUUAAACAGUUCCUUCCAGUUCCUUUUUCAAAGCAGCAGAGUAGCCAGGAGGGAACUAAGGAACUUGUAAAGCCUGAAAAGAAAGUGAAGAGCACCACCACUGGCUCAAUCAACCAUGAAAAAUGUCCACGAAUCUGUGCUAACAGUCCUCAGAGACUGGCAAUGCAGCCUCAACACAGAGAAGAAAAAGAGCAAGAAAGACAACAUCUCCCUGAUACAGGACAAGAUGUGGCUUCCACUAUUCACAUGAGUAGUCAUAGUCUUGAUCAAAUUCACCCAGAUCAAACUUCACAGCUUCAGAAAGUUCCUGAGAGAAACAAAAAAGUGGUGUCAUCCAGAGACGAACAACUGCAAACAUUCGGCCCCAGAACUGCUGUGUCUGAUGACGCAGAGAGUCUGAGUAUGUUUGACAUGAGGUGUGAAGAUGAAGCUGUGAUGCAGCCUCACAGCAAGGCUCGCCAUGAAAAACUACAGCAUAUUCACAACCAACUGAAAGAGGAUGAGGACAGAUGGCAAGACGAUCUGGCACGAUGGAAAAGUCGCAGAAGAAGCGCUUCACAGGACCUAAUUAAAAAAGAAGCAGAGAGAAAAAAGAUGGAAAGAUUAUUGAGUGGCAGUGAUGGAACAAGUGAGCGAAGGAAAAGCAUCAAGACUUACAGAGAAAUUGUGGAAGAGAAAGAGAGAAGAGAAAAGGAGCUGCAUGAGGCCUACAAGAAUGCCAGGUCACGUGAGGAGGCAGAGAGCAUACUCCAACAAUACAUUGAAAGGUUCACCAUUAGCGAAGCUGUCCUUGAACGCUUGGAGAUGCCAAAAAUUCUGGAAAGAAGCCAUUCGGUGGAGCCAAAUUCAUCAUCACCACUGAAGGACCCAAAUCCUAUGAGAUACUUACGGCAACAAUCACUGCCUCCUCCAAAAUACACUGCCACGAUCGAAGCAACCAUUGUUCCCAUCAGCGAAUCGGAAGCCAGUGUUUCAACAGGCCAAACAUCUCCAAGCAAAACUGUUGUCUCCAAGGCUGUGCCUAUGCUGACACCCAAGCCUUACGCACAACCCAAAAACACACAACAGGUCUUGAAAACAUUUAAGGUAGAUGGAAAAGUCUGUAUGAAUGGCGAAACCUUCAAUGGACUUGAAGAGAAGGAUAAAGAAUGUACAACAGUGAUAUUUGCUCCUUCACUAAGAAGAUCUCCAAAGUUUGAAGGGGUCACAGAGGAUGGAUCUCUGGUGGAACUGAAACAGGACACCACUAGCAUUGAGCUCAGUUUAAAGAGGCCUGCCACUCACACUGUGCACAGAGAGCUGACAGCCUCCUUCACUGAAGAAGUUAAACCAGCCAACCAAAAAGAUGAAACUGAUGCUGGAAGGCCAGAAAUGAUGAAUUUGGGGUUUGCUUCACCAGGUGCAGAACAGAAACAAUUCAAGACAACUGUUACUUGUGCCCGCCCUGCUGUGCCCAGCGUGGAGUUCCCUCUUAGCACCCAUUCUGAAGAAGCAGCUUCAAAAGAUAAAGAUCUGAAGAAACCUGAGACAGAACAACAGAAGGAAGCAGAGAUCCUAGUUACACAGAAGGUAGUGAAGUCAAGUGCUCCAGAACAAGAAGGGGUUAUAUUAUUUCCAUUUUUGAAGAAAGUACCUGAGACCAGCCAAGUUAUUCUGCAGAACUCUGAUCAACAAGCAGACUCUGAUAAUAGUGACAAGUCAAAUUGUUUCAGUUUCUGGUCCUGGGAUCCAGAAGAGGAACGAAAGCGACAGGAAAGAUGGCAGCAAGAACAGGAACGCUUGCUUCAAGAGAGGUACCAGAAGGAGCAGGACAAGCUGAAAGAAGAAUGGGAAAAAGCACAGAAAGAAGUUGAAGAGGAGGAGCGUAGAUACUAUGAGGAGGAGCGCAAGAUAAUUGAGGAUACUGUAGUUCCGUUCACUGUUUCUUCAAGCUCUGCUGAACCCCUCUCCACUUCUUCCUCUGUCACUGAAGGAAAUGGGACAAUGAACAUGAUGGAACUGAGUGACUCUCAAGAGGAAGAGAAACAAAAGGAAAUUAAAAGACAGCAGAAAUUACCCUGGGAGCAGAAGGGUGCAUCAUUAGCCAAAAACAAGAAAAGUGAGCCAUGCCUGGAAAAGAAAAGCAGUGUAAAUAAAGUGCCCACAGAACAUCCAGAGACUAUUCUUCAGAGGGGAAGUGAGCAGGAUCACCAGGUGUCAGUGACAGAGCACAGCUCACAUGCCAUACUGAAUCUACCAUUGACUCAGGUAUUCAGUUUACCCCACUCUGUAACUUCAGAUGUGUCGUGGAAUCAGCAGUUGUUAAUGAAACAGUCACCACACAUUUCAGAAGAAGUUAGACAGAAAACAUCUCUGGAUCAGAGCACAGGCCAGCAGGCUAAUUCCCCAGGCGAAAGGAGAAGGACAGGCUGUCAUGAGAAUUUCAGGCCUGGACUGUCAUCUCCAUGUUCUCCUACACCUCAAAGCCACUCACCCAACAGGUCUGUCAGUGGAAAGAAACUAUGUUCUACCUGUCGUCUUCCUCUUGGAAAAGGAGCUGCCAUGAUUAUUGAAACACUUGGUCUAUAUUUUCACAUUAAUUGCUUCAGGUGUGGAAUUUGCAAGGGAGAGCUUGGAGAUGCAGCAAGUGGAACAGAUGUCAGGAUUAGAAAUGGUCUUCUCAACUGCAAUGAUUGUUACGUCAGAUCCAGAACUGCUGGGCAGCCAACAACGUUGUGACAGGAAUGUCAGUCCUAAAAACUUUCUGCAAGAAGGAGCCUCCCCAUCAUGUCCCUAGGGCUGCUUCCAGACAAUCACUUGUAAGAGCUCGUAUCCAUGGACUUCAUAGCUCCCAUCUCAUUUUGUAAUGCUCCUAUAAAAGGCUGCAUCUGCUACUUUAAAGCACAGUAUGAUUUUUUUUCCCUUUCUUAGUGAAUUUGCAUAAUAUGUACGAAGAACAUUUGGUAAUUCAUAUCUGAAGUAUUAAAAAAGAGGCUUUCCAUAGUUUCAAACAAGUUUAUGAUUUUAAAUCUGUUGUUUUGCUCUUUUCAAAGUCAGAAAAGAUUCAAUAAACCUAUUUUGUUUUAAUACUUCUAGGAAUUAAAAAAUUAAGUUCACAGAACUGUUAUGGAAGUUCUAGAAUAUGUCCAUUCAAGAUGAAAAAUUGUUUAAAGAUCGCAUCUAAUUAGUGCAUUUGCAAAACUAAACAUCACAAGUGACUUUUCUGUUCUUACUGAAACUUUAGCUUUUUUACACAAAGACACUAGUUUAAUAAUACAUACUGCAAUUCUGAAACAUUUUGUUUUAUGUUACCUUCAGUGGAGGGUAGGAGUUAUACAAAUAAAUUAUUGCACCUUUAGCAUCAGGAUUUUUUUUCAGUGUGUGUAUACAUCAAGUAAUGUUCAACAAUAUAGCUUAAUAGUCUAUCAAAUAAAGAUUCCUUCAUUAAGCCUGAAAGAGUGUAUGCCAUUAGCAAUUGCAAAAAUCCCCAGUAGGAUAAUAAAGAGGAAAUCUUUUCUUAACGUGUACAGAAUUAUACAGUACUACCAAAUUCUUGGGGGGCUGGCGUGGAUGAAGCUGAAUCUAGCAGUGGUGGGUUGUUGGUACAGCUAAGGGGAUCUAUUGGCUUGUAAUUUUCUCAUGGCCAGUAGAGUUGUUACAAAUGAAUUAGAAGAUCUUAUGAAUCUGAUACCUUAAUGAGAUUCUAUAUAGUAGAAAUUCAUUUACAAACCAGACAGGUUGCUUUGGGUCCCAUAAAGGGUCAAUAUAAUUAGAAUGUGUCAAACUAUAAACAGCUGUGAUUCAGUGCAGUACAUCAGUGGACUUGAAUCUGUGUUCCUUGUACAUACAACUCUCAUUACACUCGGGGUGACUGUGAGUGUAUAAAGAAUGCAGGAUGAGGUCCAAUCUGUAACAUUUUACAAAACAAACACAAAAACUGUUAAGCGCAUUUGGGUCAGUUGCACCCUGUGCAUUAUAAUAAGUAUAUUCUCCCAUUAGUGCGUACCAGUAGCUCCCUGAAACAGCAACUGGAGCUGUGGGUGUAGAGAUCAAAAAUAUAGACACAUUUUAGCUGACACAUUACAGUUGUAAAAUAUUACAGUACUGGUUUCUAACUGUACUACAUGGUGAAUUUCAGCAGGCUGAUAAAGAGAAAUUAUUCGAAAGCAUCACACUUAGCAGCUUAAGAUGCUCUUUAAAAAUGGGGGAAAAAAUCUAUUUAUUCUGCCUUAAAACCAUGAUCAACUAAAAUUAAGAGAUUCCUUAUUGUAUGUGACAGAAUAUGUACACAUCCAUUGUCUUUUGAUGUGUUGGUAAAAGGAAAUAAAGUGGAUAUUAGGUGAGCAAUAAUUUUUUUUCUAAGUGUUUAUAUUGAUAGCAUCUAUUUAUUUAAAAUGCUAGACAGUUAUUUGCAUGCAAGUUGCGUGCUCAUGCAGAAAUACUUUGUCACUGAAAACAUUUGUACAAUGUUGUAAUUUUAAGACAUUGUUGCUCUCUAAUAGAAAGUUGCAUAUUAUUUCAUUAAAACUGUGCCUUAGAAAAUGCAAAGCUGUUGCACACGGUGGUGACUUAUGGAUGCAAUAAAUCCCGAGAGUAAAGCUAACAGGACUUCAGAUGGGGGUUAUUUAAAAAAAAAAAACUACAAAAAAUAAUAAAAAAGAAACUUUUGGAUAUAUACAGCAACAUCCAAUGUUGUGAUUAACCGUCUGCAUGAUUUACUGUUCAAUGUUUUGAUAACCUUGAUGUUUCCAUGUUUACACUUUGCAUGUUGUCAUCAUAAUACUUUAUUGCAAAUAAUGCACAAUAUGAAAAUUCAAAAUACAGAUUUUUAUAAAGUACUUUUUUACAUCUAUCUAACUCCAACUGUUACACUAAGGGUAUGUGACUAUUAUAUUCUGGGCCUAAUUUUCAAAACAUGACUUCCAUUUUUGCAUGCUUGAGUGUGAACCUUUGAUAUUAGUCAUUAACACUUAUGCACACAGGUGAUAAGAUUUAGAUGUGUAAAUCAGUCACCUGUGUGUACAAGUGUUGGAUGUCACACAGGUCUGGUCUGUUUCUAAUGAAGUCAGUGGUAAACUCCCAGUGCUUUUAGCAGAAGCAUGACUGGAGACAAAAUGCAUGUGCAAGUUGGAGUUUUUAUGUGCAGAGUUGCAAACGCACAAAUGGAUCUCUGAUUGAAGCCUCUUGAAAAUUUAGCCCUCCUUUCUCUCAUUUUUUCAUAUAUACAUAUUUUAGUGGGGCUAAUUGCAUAUGUACCAAAGCUAAUACAAAGCAGCAUUCUUAGACCACACAGUGUUUUUCCAUAAUGAACAACUAGUCACCAGCACAGAACAUUUUCUAAAUGCUAAUUGCCAAUGGUUUGUGUUUGUUUGAUUUAUUUUUUUCAUUUGGAGCCUGUCAAAUGGCAGUUCGGUCAGGCUAAGGCCUAGCUUUUUCCAAUUCAAACACAAGUUUGAUUUUUUUGUUUUUUGUGGUUGCCGGAAAAAUAAUGCUUUACUACAUUGAGCUACCACGUAAAUGUGUUUGUUUCACAAAGUGAUGUAUUGUUGCUGAGCAAGUACAAUGUAAUGUUUUUUAGCUCUUACAAAAGCUUAUUUACCACCUUGUUACUUCAGAGAACAUGGAUAACUGUCAUAACCAUUUUAUGUAUUUCACUACCAAACUUUCAUAGUGGGUUUUCCUUACUCCUGCUCUGUAGUGUUAUUGAUGGAAUACAUACUGUAGCUGUCCAUACAUGACAUAAUAGUUGGUGAGCUAAAAGGGAUCCACCUUAUAUGCAGGGACAAGAAUUACUGUCCUAGUUGGGCUAAUGUUCCAUACAGUGACACUAAUCUUCACUUACAAUAUUUAUUCUGAAAUGCCUCUGGAAAGUAGGAAAAAAUUGUCUAAAAUGCAACAGCUUUUAUAGUUAAUGUAUGUUUAUAAAUAAAAUGUAGAAUAAAUUUA